CAUAUGAUCGUUCAGUGAAAAGGGCGAGUCCGACAUAAACUUGUGAUCAGGCUCUUGUCAAUACAGAAAUAACUCCGCAGAUUUUUGUGGAUAUUCGAUUGAUAUUUCGUAUUCGAGAUGAAGGGGUGCAUGUUUAAUAUCGAUGGGGGUUACCUGGAGGGAUUGUGCAGGGGUUUCAAGUGUGGGAUUCUCCAGCAAAGUGAUUAUCUCAAUUUGGUGCAGUGCGAGACACUCGAAGAUUUGAAGCUCCAUUUGGCUGGAACUGAUUAUGGUAGCUUUUUGGCAAACGAGCCUUCUCCCCUGCAAGUGGGAGUGAUCGAUGAUAAACUCCGAGAAAAGCUCGUCAUCGAAUUCCAACAUAUGCGGAAUCACUCCGUGGAGCCUCUGUCACAAUUUCUGGACUUUAUCACGUACAGCUACAUGAUUGACAACAUAAUUCUGCUGAUCACUGGAACUCUGCACCAGAGGCCAAUUUCGGAGCUCAUCCCCAAGUGUCAUCCCCUCGGUAGCUUCGAGCAGAUGGAGGCUAUCCACGUGGCUGCUACUCCAGCUGAGCUGUACAACGCUGUCCUGGUAGAUACACCACUGGCUCCAUUCUUCGUCGAUUGUAUCUCUGAACAGGACUUGGACGAGAUGAACAUCGAAAUAAUCAGGAAUACUCUCUACAAAGCCUAUCUCGAGGCCUUCUACAAAUUCUGCAAGGAUAUUGGAGGGACAACUGCUGACGUAAUGUGCGAAAUUCUGGCGUUCGAGGCAGACAGGAGAGCUAUCAUCAUCACCAUCAAUUCAUUUGGCACUGAAUUGGGAAAGGACGAUCGUGCAAAAUUGUAUCCUCGCUGUGGAAAGCUCAACCCUGAUGGCCUGGCAGCUCUCGCUCGUGCUGAUGAUUACGAACAAGUUAAGGCUGUUGCUGAGUACUACGCCGAGUACAGUGCACUCUUCGAAGGAGCUGGCAACAAUCCUGGAGACAAGACACUGGAGGAUAAAUUUUUUGAACACGAGGUGCGUCUCAAUGUCAACGCUUUCCUCCAACAAUUCCAUUUCGGGGUUUUCUACAGUUACUUGAAGUUGAAAGAACAAGAGUGCCGCAACAUCGUAUGGAUAUCAGAGUGCGUUGCUCAGAAGCAUCGCGCCAAGAUCGACAACUACAUUCCAAUAUUCUAAAAUUCUUCAGAGACCUCUCACUGUGGCGUCUAUUUAAAAUUGUUUAUUUUGCCAUUUUUUCUGACAUGCUGUAUAAAGACAGAAAUUAAUUCAAUUUCAUCGGAAGAAAUGGGCAGGUCAUAUUAGCUAAUUUCAUUUUAUCGGAGAUCUAUAUUUAUGCGAGGACAUUGCAAAAUUCUGCAAUUUCAGGACUCGUUCCUCUGUAAUUAAUUGAUCUAGUGAAGUAUUAUUCGGUUCGCUGAAUUUUAAUGUUCGAAUUAUUUCGUUGAAAUGGAGGGGAGAAUGCAUUCCAUUCUGAAAGAUUAUUCACUCAAUUCGUGUAUGUAUCAUAAUUUGUGAAAAAUAUAUCGAACAAGACAA